AUGUAUAAAGUGGAGAAGUGUGUGCCUUCAUCCCUGGACCUACUCACGGUGCUGCAGCUCUCCCGGGAGCAAGGCAUGACCCUGCGCAGGAGCGCCGAAAUCGUGGCCAAAUACAUCAAUCUAGCCAAAGAGAAGGACCAGCCCAAAAACAUUCCCCUCAAUAUCUGCACUGGGGACAUCAAGGACUGUGCUUGUUCUAUACCUAUAACAGUAACAAAUUCAGACACAGUGAAUGACGUAAUCAACAUGUCACUACCAGUGCUAGGAAUAACCGGCUGUGAGAAAGAUUACCAGCUGUGGGGCUCGGGUACUUGUCUGGACUACCCCUGCCCGGCCCCACCAACUACAAAGCCAGGACAUCCCCCUGGCAUUUUUCUCACGGAUGUGUGUGACAAUGACGAGCUGCUCAACACCAUCCUGGAUCUGCUUGAUUCUAUCAAUCAAAAAAGGCUGCUCACAAAAGACAUCUUCAGGACAGUGACCAGUAAAGAAUCCUGCAGAUCCCUAAAGGAGCAGCUCAAUUCCGGGGACAAAGGGAACUGGGAUGGUGAAUCUGUCUUUGUGGCAGUGGUGGUCUUAAAGAACUUUUUUGAAAAUAUCCAAGGAAGGAUAUUUUCAUCCAGUCUCUAUGGUAAAUGGUUUGCUGAUCCUGAGCAAGGGGAGAGCGAGGAUGAGAAAAUAACUGUCACCUGGAGGCUUUUAGACCAGGUGCCGAGAGCCAAUGUUGUUCUCUUGCGGUAUCUAUUUGGAGUAUUACAUAACAUCGAGCAGCAGGCAACACACAAGAUGACAGCUUAUGGUUUAUCUUGUAUAGGCCCGAGCCUUUUUUGUCUGCCCAGUCCUUGCAAUGCAGAUUUAGGAAAGGACUUGGAAAAAAAGCUUAGUCUUGUGCCAUUUCUCAUUGAAAACUGCCUCAAGAUAUUUGGAGAAGACGUCCCUUCCCUCCUGGGGGAGAGCUCCAUGAAUGGUGGUAACAGUGAGGCUACAGAUUCCUGCCAGAAGACAGUCACAAAACUGCAGGUACACACAUGGCCUGUUGGCAGGGCUUGGGUACUUGUCCAGACUACCCCUGCCCGGCCCCACCAACUGCAAAGCCAGGACAGCUCUCUGGCAUUUCUCUCACACACGUGUGUGACAAUGACGAGCUGCUCAACACCAUCCCGUAUCUGCUUGAUUUUAUCAAUCAAAAACGGCCGCUCACAAAAGACAUCUUCAGGACAGCGACCAGUAAAGAAUCCUGCAGAUUCCUAAAGGAGCAGCUCAAUUC